GACCGAGGGACCGUGAGGAGUCCGGCAUAGUCGCUGGCCAAUGACAUCGCAGAAGGCCCAGUGAUUGACAGGUCGGAGCAGAGGGAUAUGUAAAUCUACCUGGGAGAUAAGGCGAGAGACGUAGAAGCCAGGGCGAAGCAUCUGUCACCCCGGGCUGAGAUGCACCUGACCUUUGAUGACGUGGCUGUAUAUUUCUCAGAGGAAGAAUGGAGGAACCUGGGUCAGGACCAACAGGAACUGUACAAAGAUGUCAUGAAGGAGAACUACGCAAAUCUACUGGUCUUGGGACUUGACAUUGAACCCCCAGUUCUCUUCGAUCAGAUUGAGCAGUGGGAGAGGACGGAUGUGUCUGUCAUUGGAAAACAUGAGAAAUCAAGGCCCUCGUUACACGCAGAUAUCAAGAGGCCAAAGUCGAAACCAUUGCAGGAGAAGACGGAUUCCCUGUCUGUGCAGGCUGCCACCAGUGUGCUAUCUAAUACUGACAUUCCCAAUGAAAAUCAAACCCAGAAAGAAGCAACCAACGACUGCGAGACUCCUGGGCAGAAGAAAGCCUUAAAAGACCGUCAGCCGAAAUGUCUCGACUGCAAAGGCAUCAUGAAAUGUUACUGCAACUUGGCAAAGACGAACUGGAAGAAAAGGUUUGUCUGCGUCGACUGCGGAAAAGGUUACAGGCAGGAGAGCCACCUGAUGGCGCACCAAAAGUGCCACUACAGAGGGCAACCGUAUAAGUGCUCCUUAUGUGAGAAAAGCUUCAAGAAGCCCAGCCACCUUAAGAAACACCAGAAAACCCACCAAGUCUUCGAAUACAAGUGUUAUAAGUGCCAACUGGUGUGCCAGACGGUCAAAGACUUAAAGGAACACAAGCUAGUGCAUCAGAAACCAAAGCUCCCAAAGCUGUGCAUAAAAUGCGGCAAGGAGUUCAGUAGCGCCCAGGAUCUGAAGUCCCAUCUUCAAGAAGCUCAUUCAAGACUCGUAGAAUGCACCCUGUGUCACCAGCACUUCCACAACAAGACAGCACUAGUGAACCACCAGCGAGAGCACUUGGGGCAUGAGAUCUACAAGUGUCAAAAGUGUGAGAAGGUCUACACCAGGCUGACCUAUCUUCUCAGACAUGCCGAAGUUCAUUCCAAGGACAAAGGUGGAGAUGGCAACCUCCAGCCCAAGAGUCCUCCGAAGGACCCUGAAGCUGAUGAACGCCUCUCUUCAACCACCACCCAGAAGAUAAAACCACUUCCUACCCACGAUGGGGUCAAAUACACUAGUUUUGCAGCUGAAGAAGAAGUGCCCCACUAUGUUAAUUCUCCAGAUCCUGUGAUAGCUGUGGACCUUGCGAAGGAUCAAGGGCGAACGUUGCAGAGGAAGGAACGUCUUUCGGAAGAGCUUCUUAGAGAAUUUGACAUUGAGAGACUCUUUAGGUGUAAAGAGUGCAAAAAAUAUUUCAGGCAUCAGAGCACGUUAAUAAGGCACCAGCUGUCCCACAGCUUGGCGGUCACGUGUCACGACUGUGGGCAAAAGUUUGGAAAACUGCUGAGACUUUUCCUGCAUCGGUGUAAACAUGAGAGGAGGAGACCCUACAAGUGCAAGUUCUGUAGGAAAGGUUUCAGCUUCCAGUCCCUGCUCCGUCUGCACCAGCUCACACCUCAUUCUUCCCAACCUGGUAAGAGUGAGGACAAAUCCUCCAAAUUCCUUCAGCUCCCGUCCAAGGAGGCCUCUCCAAACACAAGGAAGUUUACCGCGCCAGCGAGCCCCCUCCUGCAUCAGAAAACCCCUGGAAUCCAAGCAAAUAAGAAGCAAUCUGAUAUGUUUUCACAAGACGUCCAAAAUAUUUGGAUAUCUCCGGCUUCUCCAAAUGACUUUUUGGGGAAGAGACCACAUCAGGAAAUGGUGGCCUGCAAGGACUACGUGAAACGCGUUUGUUACAGGUCCUGUGAGUCUAGAUACACAAUGUAAAGAAGAAAUGUAAUAAAUAUUUAUGGCGUAUGUCCACCACGCUCGUGUGGCCAUCGGGUCGUGGGCGGGUUGUGUGUGUUGUUAGACCAGGACCAAUGAAAAGAAAGUAUUACAGAAGGUCCCACAACCGCAUCUUCGCCUCAUCCCCAUGCAUUAGAUUUUAGUAAAGGGCACCAGCAAAAUCUGAGGAAGCUGUUAAGACAACCUCUGUAGAGGCUUCAGAGCUGAAAGCUCCCAGCAUUCCCUCCUUCCUCAGAGCUUGCUGUAGUGAUCUGCAUUCUGGAGAGUGUCAUGUUCACACCAGACAGUAAAUUCCCUGAUAUUGGAGCUCAGGAAAGCUAUCAAAGCAGUGUGUAAUGUGAACAUAUGAUACGUGCUGAAUCGGACAUUGGUGGCAUAUCCUGGUAAUGCUUUACGGUGGCUUUAUACUUGUUCCUUCCUGAUAGUUACCUGCUCGUCACUCGAGGUAAAGAGAUGCAUUUACAUGCAGCCAUCACUCCACUCUAUGGGGAUGAGUGAUGCCUACUUCUAUUGCUCAUCCUCAUACAGAUCCCUGUUCACACAGCGCAGUCUGCUGCCCAGAAACAACGAUUGAGGCAUCUGCAUGAAAGAUCAUUUCACCUGAAGAACGAGCAUUUGCUUGCUCAUCAGGUGAUUUGCGGCCGUUACAUGGGAUGGAGUCUUGGUACUGACAUUCAUUCCUGAUAAACCCGCCAUCAGAUGUACAUAUUUGCCCCGAAUCUCGUGAGUGAUCUGCUCAUUAGGUAAAAGCAGUGCAUGGAAAUCUGUCCUCCAAGACCUUGAUUCUGCAUAUUUUGGGGUCGAUUUUCUAAACAGAAUGCACCAAAAACAGAGUGGGGGGGGGGGGGGGGAAUCAAUCGCAUGCGGUAUUAUGAGGCAAGUUUGUUGGAGACAGUGUUGCCGUUAUUUGCGACAAAUAUCUAAAAAUGUUAGAUGAUGAUGAACAACUUGCACCUUUGCAAAGUGCCAGAGAUGUUGCUUAAUUUUUAUAUCAUCUGCUACUGGAAUGAGAUUGUGAAAAAAAUGAGAUUUUAAAGGUCAUGGACACCUUUAACACGUAAAUUAUUAUUUUUACCGUAUGUUAGUAGUUACCGGUGGCUACUAACAUUUGUGCUUAUUUUCAAUCUGCAAUAUGUGUGUCCCUCCCGGUGAUACGUGCUGGAUCUGUGUGUCCCUCCCGGUGAUACGUGCUGGAUCUGUGUGUCCCUCCCGGUGAUACGUGCUGGAUCUGUGUGUCCCUCCCGGUGAUACGUGCUGGAUCUGUGUGUCUCUCCCGGUG